CACGAACGCGCAGCUCGCCAUGUCCUCCUUCCUGAACACGUUCGGCAUGACCGGUGUCAACAAGUCGGACGCGACGCUCGUCGCGCCGAACGAGAAAACGCCUCGCACGAGGGGCGUGUCUGCCAUGCACUUCAAGAGCGCGACGACAGGCGUCGCGACCAAGAACAUGCGCAACGAGCUGAAUCGGCUCGUGAACACCGUCUCAGACCAUGCGACAAAGAAGGCCUUCGACACCGAGAUGCAGUCGUUCUUCUAUCUCUUCACGCGCUAUCUCGCAGAGAAGGCGCAGAGCAAGGAGCUCGACUGGGAUCGCAUCAAGUCCCCUGGCGCAGACCAGAUCGUCCCGUACGACCAGCUGCCGCAGGAGAUCGACCCGAAGCUGCUGAACAAGCUUGCCGUGCUGAAGGUCAAUGGCGGUCUCGGUACCUCCAUGGGUAUGACCGGCGCAAAGUCCGCGCUCGAGGUCAAGGACGACAUGACCUUCCUCGAUCUUACCGUGCGCCAGAUCGAGCACCUCAACACCACGCACCGCAUCGACGUGCCGCUCAUCCUCAUGACGUCCUUCAACACGCACGAGGACACACUGCGAAUUAUCAAGAAGUAUGCGAACCAGCAGCUGCGCAUCACGACAUUCAACCAGAGUCGGUACCCGCGUAUUUACAAGGAGACGCUGAUGCCGUGCCCGAAGAACGCGAACGACGACAAGAAGCACUGGUACCCGCCCGGUCACGGUGACCUGUACAACGCGCUCCUGCAUUCGGGUGUCCUUGACCAGCUACUCGCGGAGGGCAAGGAGUACUUGUUCGUGUCCAAUUCGGACAAUCUCGGUGCUGUUGUUGACCAGAACAUCCUCCAGCACAUGGUGGAUUCGCAGGCAGAGUUCAUCAUGGAAGUCACGGAUAAGACGAAAGCCGACGUCAAGGGUGGUACACUCAUCGACUACGAGGGCAACAUCCAGCUGCUCGAAAUCGCGCAGGUGCCGUCAGAGCACGUCGAGGAUUUCAAGUCUGUGCGGAAGUUCAAGAUCUUCAACACGAACAACUUGUGGAUCAACCUCAAGGCGCUCAAACGCAUCAUGGAGACCGAGGGCAUGGAGCUCGAGAUCAUUGUCAAUCCCAAGACGACAGACGACGGACAGGCCGUCGUUCAGCUCGAGACCGCGGCUGGUGCCGCGAUCAAGCACUUCCGCAACGCACACGGCGUCAACGUCCCGCGCUCGCGCUUCCUGCCCGUCAAGAGCUGCUCCGACCUGCUGCUCAUCAAGUCCGACAUCUACUCACUCGAGCAUGGGGAGCUCGUCAUCAACGAGAAUCGCAUGUUCGGGACUACACCGGUGAUCAAGCUGGGCGACCACUUCAAGAAGAUCGCGCAGUUCCAGAAGCGGUUCAAGAAGAUCCCGAAGAUCAUUGAAUUGGACCAUCUGACGGUGACGGGCGAUGUGUACUUUGGACGCAACGUCACUCUCCGGGGGACUGUAAUCGUUGUCGCAAACGAAGGCCAGCGUAUCGACAUUCCAGAUGGCUGUGUGUUGGAGAACAGGUUGCUCUCCGGAAACUUGACCAUGACCGAACUGUAAACGUCGCAACGCGCGUUACAAGCUCUGCGUCUUCAAUAUCUAAACCUAUAUACCCUGCGUGGACACUGCGUAUCCCUUCAUGAUACAACCGCGUUGUAUUAGAACGAUAUUUUGGGUUUCCGGAUUACAGCAGAUCGGACUGGAGUUGCGCAUAUACACUUAUUGCAUGGUGGCAAUGCGAACUCGCACAAUGCGUCUUCAUGUAUUGGCACUAGCAUCACACAUACCGAAGCAAUAUAGACAGCAGAAGUUCAGG